AGAGUACUAGGCUAAACCUCUUGGAAGAGGAGAGAGAGAGAGAGUUGGAGGAGGGGGCUGCGCCUCUUGGCAUCUCCCCCACCCCUAUCUCUUUACACGACUACCGAGUGCCAACCCGUCUAGUUAUUCCAGGAAUGUGUUGAACAUGGCUGCCACGAUGAAGGCACAGAAAACGGGACUGUUAGAACUUCGAGUUACCGUGGACCGUUGGAUCCGUGUAUUAGCCACACUUACGGAGGAGACUUUAACCGUGAGCCCCGGAGAGGUCGCCGAAGACAUAGUUAAACCCAACCCAACUCCUGCCGGUGCCAUUAACGGAGACCCAGCCAACCUCAGCUCCUCUCCGGUCCCAGAAACAAUCACCAACGUUAAGCGCACGGUGCGAGUUACCAAGCAAGAUGUGGGAGGACUUGGAAUUAGUAUUAAAGGUGGAAAAGAGAACAAAAUGCCCAUUCUCAUCUCGAAGAUCUUCAAGGGGUUGGCGGCUGACCAGACGGAGGCCCUGUAUGUGGGUGACGCCAUCCUGUCGGUCAACAGCGCCGACCUGCGGGACGCCACACACGACGAGGCCGUGCAGGCCCUGAAGAAGACGGGCAAAGAAGUCAUCCUAGAGGUGAAAUACAUCAAGGAGAUGUCGGCCUUUUUUAAGAACACCUCCCCCGGCGCACCCUUACCCUGGGACUCCCCCCCUGCCACAUCACAGAAAGGCGCACACGCCCCUGCCGAGCUGAAGGAGGCCAGGACCAUAUCGCUGAAAAUGUGCCAGGUGACUAGGAAACAGUGCCCCCCGGACACAGAGAACAGGUACUUUGAGGUGAUCUCGUCCAGCAGAAAGAGCUCAGUGUUCCUGAGGGCCAAGGACCCCGUCAUGGCCCAGUCCUGGUACAACGCCAUCCAGGUAGGGGUCUUGGGCCUGGUUCCCCGCAUCAGGGAUGAGUUGAGGGCCAUGCAGGCGGACCUGGAGGUCAAACACAUGGGCUGGAUCACUGAACAGGCGACCCAGGGUCCAGAGAGACCGUUGCUAGCUCUGCUGACUGAGAGAGACCUACUGCUAUACCCCACCCUGCCUGACACUAAAGACAGCAUCAACAGCCCAGUCAAGAGCCACCCGCUCAUCACAACCAGACUGGUCCACUCGGGUCCGGGGAAGAGCUCUCCCCUGCUGGAUUCGGAGCUCUCCUUUGGGCUGCGCAUGGGCACCAAGCAGGGUGUAGAGACCCACGUGUUCCGGGUGAACUCGGCCAAGGAGCUUUCAACCUGGACCCACAUGUUGGUGGACGGCUGCCACAACGCCGCAGAGCUCAUCCAGGAAGUCACCACAGCCUGCAGCUGGAACGGGAAGGAGUGCAACCUGGGAGUUCACAUCAACGAGGGCUUUUCCCUGUUCACCGAGGAGAUGGGCAUCAGGAAGACGGUGCUCCUCCAGCAGCCCUUCGAGCGCCUGCGCAUGUCCUCCGACGACGGCGUGCGCAUGAUCUUCCUCGACUUUGGAGGGCCCGAGGCGGAGAUUCAACUGGACCUCCACUCCUGUCCCAAGACCAUGGUGUUCAUCAUCCACUCCUUCCUCUCCGCUAAGGUCAAGCGGCUAGGCUUGUUAGCAUGAUAACAUUUUAACCUCCCCACCCACCCUGAAAAACCACCGAACCACCCAUGCGUAUUUACACGCAGACACGACUAACGUUAGGAGGAUGUGACGUCACUGCAGAGGAUAUGAUGUCACGGCUCUGUUUCAAACCUCACCAAACUCUUACCAAGGGCCACCGUUGGUCAGAAUCAAAGUGGAAAGCGAGUGGAUUGAAGAUAUACUGUACAUGCAAUAAUGAUGCUUUCAAAGGUCCUUAUCAGUCGUAAGGGCAACAUCUGUCCUAAGAGGAUAUUAACUUACGAGAGCCAAACUUACACUUAUGACAGCCUACAUAGCACUGUUGCCAAGCUCAAGGGGCUAAAUGUUUGAAUUGUAUUUGAUUGUUUCAUGGGUCAUAGCAUGUCCAUUGUCAUAAGUGAUAAGUCAAUUGAUAUAACCUCUCACAAGUGGUUAUAACAGGCACCAUUGAUUUUACAACGGCUUCAAAAAAAGUUACACAAUUUAAAACUGUUACAUGCACUGUUGACUGAUCGUGUUGAACUAUUCAGAGGGUUUACUGUUUUGCCAUAACAUUUUUUGAGAAACAUUAUUUUAUGUCUGCUUUUAGAGCAGUUUUCCAAGUACUGAUUCAGAUACAUUUUGAGUGCAGCGAAAAACCUUUUGACUCUGCAUUUCUUUAGUAGGUUCAUAAAUGUUUCCCGUAACCAAUAUCAACAUGAAGAUAACUUAAAAUGUGCUUUCUGACAUAUUGGUUAACACCUAAAUCCAGACAUUUUAGAUACAGGCACCAAACGGAUUGUUGCCACUGUAAUUUCACUUAACAAAAAGCUCCACCCUCCAACUAACUGAAAUGACUUUAUGCAUAAGAUUACUAUGCAUUUAUAGAUACAGUAUAUACAGAAUUUGACGCGUUAUCAUUUCUGUCGAUGGAGUGCACACUACGACCCCUUUUUGAUUUAGGAAGUUGUCCCUCAAAACUAGAUCCUUUUCAGUUUGAGGAAAGAUCGAUGGAAUGGUUCUCCCAUAGGUAUAACCAGCCAUAUAGGUGUAUGUAACUGUAUAGUAUACGUAUAUGUAUGUAUUUGGCUCUGGGUAUAACAUUAUCAAUGAAUACAUUGAAAGUGUUUCCUAUUAAAAGAGUUAUCAGAGUAUAUGCUACAGGUACUGAGUUGUGUUAUAUUUAAACCUUUUUAAGUCCUUACAAAGCGAGUUGAAUACACAUUAUGUUCUCUUCUUAACAACUACAGCCAAAAUCGCUGAUGCAUUUGAAAGAUAUAGGCUUGUUGGGGACUCGUGAUGCAGUUUUUAUACAGUGUUAGUCCUUUUGUUAGGAGUGUGUAUUUACAGAAGUCAAACCAACUUAAAAUGAACAGAAAUGGGGUCUAUAGUUUACAUGACCAUGUAUGUGUUCAAUUACCCCCAUUUCUUUUGUGUCGACAGACUAUUCACUACCCGUGGCCUUCGCUCUACAAUGCUAAACAAACCUAUAUUAAUAUAUAUUUCAAACUAAAACUUGUUUGCUUUCAAUAAGAAACAUUUCUUGUAUAUUCUUAUUUAAACAAAAAGGUGUGCCUUGCAGGGUUGUUUGUAUAUAAAAGUGUAAUAAACUUUGAUUGUUAACUUUUA